UUUCAGAAUGGCGGUAUCUCCUCAUAAAACCUAUCCAAUCGUCAUUACACACGGCGAAAAGUACACGCUUUUCAAUGAUGAAUCAAUUGGAAAAGGAGCAUACUCAGAAGUCUACAGAGGUCGAACCGAAUCUGGAAGACUUGUUGCUGUGAAAACGGCUUGCAAGAAGUUGGAAGUUGCUGCGAUAGGCAUAGAAAUCGAAAUUCUAAAAAAGUUGAAAGGCGCUUCGAAUAUUGUACAAUAUUUUGGUAGUAACCACACAAAAAUGGCACCUGGAUCAGUUACAUCUGAGACGAUUUCCUUUGCGAUGGAAUAUGCAAGUAGCAGUUUGGAAGCGGAAAUGAGAAGGCCAAAGAAUCACAGAGGACUUUCAUCAAAUGCACUUAUUGACUUAGUUGUAGAUUGUUCUAUGGCACUAUCUGCUCUUCGAGAGCACAAUAUUGCUCAUCGCGACAUAAAACACAUGAAUAUCCUUCUAUUUCCCGGUACUCCGACACGUGGAAGACGAUCCACACAUUUAUUCAAACUUUGUGAUAUGGGUUGUAGCAAGUCUCUUUCGGAAAAUAGUUCACAUGAAAUGAGAACUUUAGUCGGAACUCCUAAUUUACUGCACCCCUUCCUGGCACACGAGAUGGUCGAUCCACUGAUGGCUCAAAACAGACAUAAUUGGAAAACAAAAUCAGCUUAUACUUCGGAACAAUGUGAUCUAUGGGCUCUGGGAUGUACACUAUAUUUUUGUGCCACUGGAAAGUUCCCAUUCGAGCACGAAAGGAAUAACAAGAGCCUGUAUCAUAAAGCUGUAGUGGCUCUUACUCAGAAUCCGGAUGCAAUCGCAAUGGUUUUAGUGCAAAAAGGACGAGAUCCAGGAAGAAGAACUGAUAUAUUUGAAUUCCAACCAGUUACAGAACUUCCUGCUAAAUUCACAAGAUAUCCGAAAUGGCUCGUAAGCACAAUGACAUGCCUUCUACGCAGCUUUUUCCAUGAACCUUCAAUCGAGUAUUAUGCAAAAGUGGCUGAUGCUAUGAGAAAUUCUAAACGAAGAACAUUUUCAUCAGUGGAUCAAAUGUCGAUUGUUGAGCACACGGAUAUGUCUAAUGUUCCACAUCUUGGAUUCAGUAUUCCAAGUAUUUCAAAAUGUCUUGGAUAUCCAGAAGGAACCGAUAUACUUCUUCUCUCAAAUACCUCCACCCACUACCUUGAUUCCAAACAAAAAUCCGUUGACGGACUUCCCGAUGAUUUGUAUUUGGUCGUUCCCCAGACAAGUCACGUUGAUAUGAGAAAGAUUUUGGCGAGAAAUAUCGAAUUCCACGAAUUCGAUGAUAUGACAGACAGAAAACUUUCUGAAAUUCGAAUCAAAAAAUGUUAUGAAGGAUUGAGCAUGCUAACUGAAAUUGACGAGUAUUUGGCUCUUUUUGAUCGAGUCUCCACAAUUUUGUCAACCCAAUUUUCACUGCUUGUGCAAGAGUUGAGUCAAUUCGAGCGUGUUCAAACUGCAUCACGUUUUGCUGUUUAUGUGGACAUGGCUUCAGUACCACUGAUGUUGUUCGAUGAAGCGAAUCCAGAGACCAAAAUGAUCUCAGAUCAAUGCAUUCAACAAGCGAAACGAGCUAGAGAGGAAUUAGAGAGACAUGCAAAAGUUUCUAUGGAUAUUGAAGCAUGUGCAAAGCAAUUGUCAAAAGAUGCUGAAGAUCUUCGACUUGAAGACAUGGAUCUACCAGGAAUUUGUGAAGAAAUCGAAUCCUACGUCUUCUAUGACAAACAAGCCAUCUUGAGCACUCAGAAAUAUUCCCAAGAAUUAGUUGAGUUGUGCCUGAAAAGAAGAAACAAUAUUAUGGAGCAGAUCUUCAACUCGCCUGACAGAAUAAAUAAAAGUAAAUUGAAUAAGGCAAUGAAUUUGGCAGCAUCGCUCAGCCAACUACGUUCGAAUUAUCGAAAACUUCAAGAUAUGAUAUCCGAAUGUGUAGAUCUACUCGAGAAGCCAUUCCAAGAAAUGAAAGAUACUGUAAAUCGUUAUCUACAAGCCCAAGGAUGUUCUCGGAAUACGAUGCAAAAGUCUAUGCAUUUGUUAAGACCCGAAUUCCACGAGAGUCAAAUUCGCAUAAAGAAGACCACCAAAUCGUGUAGGAAACUCAUCGACCAACUAAACAUAGAAUUGGAUCAACUCGGAUUUGUUCGCUUAGGAGAUAUAUUGAUCAAAGCCGAAUCGGAGCAGACACUUACAAGAUCAGAAGAGAUUCAAGAGACGCAGGUUGUAAGUGCGGAAUCAUCACCGAACAAAGAACAAUUCCCUAAACCGGAGCAGGAUUCCAUUUUAACUAAAAAAAUGGAGAGAAUCUUCAAAAAGAAACGCAGAGAGAACGGAAACGAAGGAGGCGACAACGACGUUUGUCGGAUUUGUUGCGAGAAUGAAAGACAAGAGAAACGAGAAAAGAAAAGGAAAUCUUCUGGCAGAAGACACUGAUUUUCUAGACUUCCUCUUACUUUUUAACACUGCUCUCCAUAUUACAAGCCUUUCACAUGUUUAGAGAGUCAUCAAUUGAUGAAGGCUCAACUUCAUUCGAAUCAACACCACCAUCGUCCCCUCCUGACGUUGGGUCUAACAACUAUUUCCAAGCCGUCUUUCAGUACUUUGCCAAGCCGACGUCUUCCCCUUCUUCUUCUGCGAAAUAAUUUCCUGUAAAUACUCGUCCCGGUUUUUUUCCUGUUUUUCAAUCAAACCUUCCAACCCUGUGCUAUUGACGCCCGGAAAUUUGAAUUCCUUCAAUCAUUUUUUUUCUUACUUUUUCUCACCCCUCCACUCACACUCAUUUACCCACAUUGUUGUAUCAUCUUUUCAGUCUCUCCAAGUUGAUUGCGAACACUUGUUUAUAUUUCCAUCUAGUCUGUGUUAUCUCGUUUUAUAUGUUCUCUAUAACAGACGUGUAUAUAAUGAAUUACGAGGAUUAUCGCACCCUUCCUCUCACUGAAUUGAA